UUAUAGAGAUAUAUCCUACUGAUCCCAUAUAUGCAGCCCAAGUAAGAUCUUUCUCUUCACCGCCUAAGUACGUAAUCCUCCUGUCACCUUUUAUCUUCUCUCUAUGUGUUUGUGUGUGUGUGUGUGUGUAUAUAUAGCUAGGAUAGCAGAGUGUGAAGUGCAAGAACAAGAGAGAGAGAGAGAUCAAAAUGCGCAUGAAAAACAUCUUCGUUUUCAUGUCGUCCGGUACUUUUCUCUUGCUCCUGAUCAUCAUCUCGUUUCAUGGACCAACUAAAGCAGCUGAUGAUCAUCAGAAUGCCGGGAGAGGGAGUCGGAGAGACCGCCUUUACAUCGUGUAUAUGGGAUCUGCAGCCGCCUCAUCAACAACUAGUGAUGAUGAUAUUUCUUCCCUAAGGGAUGAUCAUGCUCAGCUCCUCAGUUCUGUCGUAACAAGGAAACCAAAUGCAGUGGUGCACACUUACAAGCAUGGUUUUUCAGGAUUUGCGGCUCGUCUCACGGACGAAGAGGCGCGAUCCAUUGCUUCAAAGCCUGGAGUUGUAUCUGUUUUUCUAGAUCCCAUAUUGAAACUCCACACUACUCAUUCCUGGGAUUUCCUCAAGUAUCAAACUGCUUUAAAAAUCGACUCAAAUCUUAACUCUAACAACUAUGAUGCCGCGGACGGAGUUUCAUUAGUUACCGCUGAUGGAUCUGACACCAUUAUCGGUAUUUUGGACACAGGUAUAUGGCCGGAGUCGGAGAGUUUCAAUGACCAAGAUAUGGGUCCUAUUCCGUCACGGUGGAAGGGUACGUGCAUGAAAUCAGAUGAUUUCAGUUCCUCCAACUGUAAUAGGAAGUUGAUAGGAGCAAGGUUUUAUAGCACUCCUGAAUCUGAUGGCACAAUAGAGAUUGAUUCCCCAAGGGAUACAGUGGGACACGGCAGCCAUGUGGCCGGAACAGCAGCAGGGACCCCUGUAUCAGAUGCGUCCUACUACGGCGUAGCAGCUGGGACUGCCAUAGGAGGCUCCCCGGGUUCAAGGAUCGCCAUGUACAAGGUAUGCUCGGAAGGAGGUUGUCGUGGCUCCGACAUUUUAGCUGCCUUUGACGACGCGAUUGCGGACGGGGUGGACGUUCUAUCCCUCUCGCUUGGUUCAGCCAGUGGGUUUCAGCCGGAGUUGAGCAACGACCCCAUUGCGAUCGGAGCGUUCCAUGCGGUGGAGCAGGGGAUUACCGUGGUCUGCUCCGCCGGGAAUGAUGGCCCUGACCCUGGAACCGUUGUGAACGCCGCACCCUGGAUUUUGACAGUUGGCGCCACCACCAUUGACCGAGAUUUCGAGUCUGAUGUGGUGUUGGGAGGCGGCACGGUGGUCAAGGGGAGAGCCAUAAAUUUUUCAAAACUCGAAAAAUCGCCUGUGUACCCGUUGAUAUAUGCUCUGUCUGCCCGCAAAGCUGAUGGUAAUGAACAUAGUGCAAGAUACUGCGAAGAAGAUUCCAUGGAAGCAGAAAAGAUCAAGGGGAAGAUUGUGCUGUGUGACUCCGGUGAUUAUUGGAGGAGCAGCCAGAUUGACGCGGUGACGAGUCUUGGCGGAGUAGGUGUCAUUUUUCAAGUAGAAAAUCCGGGGGUAGUCGCGAGUACAUACGGAGAAUUUCCGGCAACCGUCCUCAGUUUUAAGGACGGUCAAGAAAUCCUAUCCUAUAUCAACUCAACCAGAAACCCAGUUACAACCGUCCAACCAACAGUGACGGUGACGAAGUAUAAACCAGCGCCCACCGUCGUAUAUUUUUCAGCCAGAGGCCCUGCAUCCGGUACAAGGAACAUUCUCAAGGCAAGCAAGCUGGCUUCUCCUCUCCGAUUCCUAAUUUCCCAAGAGAGUACCCAUUUUCCUAAUGUAGCUUGUUUGCAGCCUGAUAUUGCAGCACCUGGUGUGAACAUUCUUGCACCAUGGAUCGGCAAUGAUUCGUCUGUUGCUCUCGAAGGAAAGGAUCCCCCGCUGUACAACGUCCUCUCGGGGACUUCCAUGUCAUGUCCCCAUGUUUCCGGGAUAGCCGCCACAGUCAAAGCUCAAAACCCCGCCUGGAGUCCCUCUGCGAUCAGAUCAGCGAUCAUCACCACAGCAUCUCAAACAGACAAUCUGGGAGCCCCAAUUAGUACAGAUAAAAAUUCUACAGCCACACCAUAUGACUACGGCGCAGGAGAAGUGACAACAACAGGACCGUUACAACCAGGGCUGGUUUAUGAAACUGGCACCGUCGACUACUUGAACUACCUCUGCUACUACGGCUACAACGUAUCACAAAUUAAAACCAUCUCAAAAACUGCUCCCAAAGAAUUUGCUUGCCCCAAGGAUUCCAAUGCUGACUACAUAUCAAAUAUCAACUACCCUUCAAUAGCAAUUUCCAACUUUAACGGAAAAGCGAGCAAGAACGUGACCAGGACGGUUACAAAUGUAGCAGGGGAUGGAGAAAUCAUUUUCACCGCUACCGUCGAUGCACCCAGCGGUCUAACUGUGAAAGUGAUUCCUGAUAAACUGCACUUUUCGAAGAACAACCAGAAGCUGAAUUACCAAGUGGUGUUCUCUCCCACAACUUCCUCUCCCAAGGAAGAUAUGUUUGGGUCUGUUACAUGGACAAACGCAAAGUAUAAAGUCCGAAGUCCAUUUGUCGUAGAUGUAUGAAAACUGACAGGAAGUACUUCAAUAAGUCAAGUUGUAACUAUCAUAGCGAUGUGUUGCCUCUGCAAUAAACAACAUCUGAGCAAAUAUAAAACCCCGCCCUGCUAAUCAAAUGCAAUCUUCAACACCACAAGAAAUCAAGAAAUUGGCAUGUCAUGAAAUGACUCCAAAUGCUGAUCACAUAAAUAAAACCCACGAAUAUCUGUUAAACCAACGGAUUUUAAUGAAAACAUAAGCUGACCUCUAUAGUCAAUCUGGAAGCCCC